AAAAAAAAAAAAGAUAAGCCGACUUUGGUGUGCCUAUACAGUCGGAAAGUAGUUCAAUUUCCACACUGGGAAACAUCUCCUGGAGAGAGAGAAGGGGGGAGGAGGAGAAGGAGGAGGAGAAGAGGAGGAGGAGAAGGGUGUGUGUGUGUGUGUUGGUGCGCGCGUGUGUUAAUGGAGGGAGCCAUUGCUUCCCCCCAGAAUAGUAAAGCAGUGAUCGCGGCUUACUGCGUCGCUUCUUCUUCUUCUUCUGCUGCUGCUCUCUUUUCAAGCCUCGGGAUGUAAAAAAAAAAAAAAAAAAAAAAAAAAAAAAAAGGGGAUGGAAAAGUUGCGGUGACUGCGUUGGAUUUUCUUCCGCUCUUUUUGUGUUGCCGGUCGGGACAGGACGGCGUGGCGUGCCUCGGAAAGUUUCCCCCAAGUCCGGUGACACAACGUCGGACUGGAAUGAUGUGAUUUGUCGCCUUCUUCUCGGCACUUUUUUUUUGAAUGAAGUUUUGACACGCGCGCGGCAGCGACACCGGGAUGCUUCUUCACGCCGGAGACUUUUUUGCUUUCAUUCAAGGCGUCUUUCGGGACGACGACAUGUAUUGACGUCCAGAGUUUGGAAUUAAUUUGGAUUACUUCUGCAAGGCGAGAGAGGCGCUGAAUGAUGUCUCCAACUUGUUCGGGAUUUCUCUUGCUUGUCGGAUUUGUCCAUGUGUGCUCAGGAUCCCGUCUGCGCCAGGAGGACUCGCCGCCCCGGAUCGCCGAGCACCCCUCUGACCUGAUCGUGUCCAAGGGCGAGCCGGCCACCCUCAACUGCAAGGCGGAGGGCCGGCCCUCGCCCACCGUGGAGUGGUACAAGGACGGCGAGCGGGUGGAAACGGACAAGGACGACCCGCGCUCGCACCGCAUGCUGCUGCCCAGCGGCUCGCUCUUCUUCCUGCGCAUCGUGCACGGGAGGCGGAGCAAGCCCGACGAGGGCUCCUACGUCUGCGUGGCCCGCAACUACCUGGGUGAGGCGGUGAGCCACAACGCCUCGCUGGAAGUAGCCAUUCUUCGUGACGACUUCAGACAGAACCCCGCCGACGUGAUCGUGGCCGCUGGAGAGCCGGCGGUCCUGGAGUGUCAACCCCCCCGCGGGCAUCCAGAACCUACCAUCUCUUGGAAAAAAGACGGCCUCAACGUGGACGACCGAGACGAAAGAGUCACGAUACGCGGCGGGAAGCUGAUGAUCACCAACGCCAGGAAGAGCGAUGCCGGGAAGUACGUCUGCGUGGGGACAAACAUGGUCGGCGAAAGGGAGAGCGAAAUAGCUGAACUCACCGUGCUCGAGCGACCUAGCUUUGUGCGUCGGCCCGGCAGCCAGGUGGUGCUGGUGGACCAAAGCGUGGAGUUCCGGUGCGAGGCACGUGGAGACCCGGUUCCGACGGUGCGCUGGCGGAAGGAUGACGGAGAUUUACCCAAAACAAGGUACGAGAUCCGCGAGGACCACACCCUGAAGAUCCGCCGGCUGACCUCGGCGGACGUCGGCUCGUACACGUGCGUCGCCGAGAACAUGGUGGGCAAGGCGGAGGCAUCGGCCAGCCUCACCGUCCACGUCGUGUCUGUGCCGCCCACGUUUGUGGUGAGGCCAAGGAACCAGGUGGUCGGCGUCGGCAGGACCGUCACCUUCCAGUGCGAGGCCACGGGCAACCCACAACCGGCCAUUUUUUGGCAACGAGAAGGAAGUCAGAACCUGCUGUUCUCCUACCAACCGCCCCAACCGUCCAGCCGCUUCUCGGUGUCGCAGACGGGUGAUCUGACCAUCACCGGCGCCGAGCGCUCCGACGUGGGCUACUACAGCUGUCAGGCCCUCAACAUCGCCGGAAGCGUCAUCACCAAGGCGCUGCUCGAGGUUACUGACGUGGUGUCAGACCGCCCGCCGCCGGUCAUCCUGCAGGGCCCAACUAAUCAGACGGUGGCGGUGGACGGCACGGUGGUCCUCAGCUGCGCGGCGUCGGGCAGUCCCACCAUCCUGUGGAGGAAGGACGGCGUGCUGGUGUCCACUCACGACUCGCGCGUCAAGCAGCUGGACACAGGCGCGCUGCAGAUCCGCUACGCCAAGCUGAGCGACUCGGGCUACUACGCCUGCAUCGCCUCCACCCCCGGCGGCGAAGCCUCAUGGAAGGCCCAUCUGCAAGUCCAAGAAUUUGGAGUUCCCGUGCAGCCGAACAGACCCACCGACCCCAACCUGAUCCCCAGCGCCCCCUCCAAGCCCGACGUCACCGACGUUAGCCGCACCUCGGUCACGCUCUCCUGGAAGCCCAACCUCAACACCGGGGCCACGCCCACCUCUUACGUCAUCGAAGGCUUCAGUCACGCGUCGGGGAGCAGCUGGCAGACGCUGGCGGAACACGUGAAAAGCGAGUCGUUUGCGUUGAAGGGCUUGAAGCCCAGCGCUGUCUACCUCUUCCUGGUGAGGGCGGCCAACGCUUACGGACUGAGCGACCCCAGCCCCACCACCGAUGCUGUGAAAACGCAAGACAUCCCCCCAACCAGCCAGGGCGUGGACCACCGUCAGAUCCAGAGAGAGCUGGGCGAGGUUCUGAUCCACCUGCACAACCCCACCAUCCUGUCUUCGUCCUCCGUCCGGGUGCAGUGGACGGUAGAGCAGCAGUCCCAGUACAUCCAGGGCUAUAAAGUGAUGUACCGGCAGUCCCCGGAGGGGCAGCCGCGCGGCGACUGGGCCACCUUCGAAGUGCGCACGCCUGGCGAGGACAGCGCCGUGGUGCCGCAACUCCGCAAGGGUGUCACGUACGAGUUCAAAGUGCGGCCCUUCUUCAACGAAUUCCAGGGCACCGACAGCGAUGUGAAAAUCGGACGCACCCUGGAGGAAGUGCCCAGCGCGCCUCCACGCGAGGUUACAGUGACGGAGAGCGGCGACAACGGGACUGCCGUCGUGGUCUCCUGGCAACCGCCACCGGAGGAGGAGCACAACGGGGUGGUCCAGGAGUACAAGAUUUGGUGCUUGGGCAACGAGAGCAGGUACCACAUCAACCGCACGGUGGACGCCGCCACCUUCUCCGUGCUCAUUCCCAGUCUGGCUCCGGGGGUCCGUUACGGCGUGGAGGUGGCGGCCAGCACCGGGGCGGGCCCCGGGGUCAAGAGCGACGUCGCCUACUUCCAACUUGACGCGUCGGGGCGGCUGACGGCGGCGGCGGACCCGCAGAACCCUCUGUCGCAGCAAAUCUCGGAUGUGGUGAAGCAGCCGGCUUUCAUCGCCGGCAUCGGCACUGCCUGCUGGAUCAUCCUGCUGGUCUUCAGCAUCUGGCUCUACCGCCACAGGAAGAAGAGGAACGGGCUCUCCAGCAGCUACGCCGGCAUCCGCAAGGUGCCAUCUUUUACCUUCACACCGACAGUGGCCUACCAGAGAGGUGGAGAAGGAGUCAGCAGUGCUGGAAGGCCGGGCCUCCUCAACAUGGGCGAGUCGGCCACGCAGCCAUGGCUGGCCGACACGUGGCCCAACUCCUGCUCCAACCACAACAACUGCAGCAUCAACUGCUGUGCCGCCGGCAACGGCAACAGCGACAGCAACUUGGCCACGUACAGCCGCCCCGCCGACUGCAUCGCCAAUUACAACGGCCAGACGGACAAUAAGCAGAGCGGCCUGCUGGUGCCCGAGCCGGGCGUGUACGGCGACGCCGACCUGUCCAACAAGAUCAACGAGAUGAAGACCUUCAACAGCCCCAACCUGAAGGACGGCCGCUUCGCGGGCGCCGGCGGCCAGCCCACGCCGUACGCCACCACGCAGCUCAUCCAGUCGUCCAUCGUGAGCAACAACGCCGGCGGGGGCGAGCUGAACGACAAACACUGCUGGAAACCCCCCGGCGGUGUCCUGCACCCCAAACAGGAACUGCAGUACAGCAUCAUGGAGCAAAACAAGCUCAACAAGGAUCGCUACAGAGGCGGCGACCCCCCCAUGAUGCCAGCCACCAUCCCCUACAACAGCCACACCGGGGGCUCCUACAACAGCUCGGACCGAGGCAGCAGCGGCAGCACCUCGGGCAGCCAGGGUCAGAAGAAGGGAACGCGCACGCCCAAACUGCCCAAACAGAGCACGAUGAACUGGGGCGACCUGCUGCCUCCCCCGCCAGCCAACCCGCCCCCGACGCGGAACGCCAACGACUACUCGCUGUCAUUGGAAGAAAGCUGCGAGGCAGACAUGCAGUGCUCCGUGCCGCCCUCUCACAUGUACCUGCAACCCGACGAGCUGGAGGAUGAGGAGGAGCUGGAGAUGGAGCGGGGGCCCACCCCUCCGCUCCGCGGCACGGCCUCCUCCCCCGCCGCCGUCUCCUACAGCCACCAGUCUACGGCCACGCUCACACCCUCGCCGCAGGAGGAGAUGACGCCCAUGCUGCAGGAGCUGCCCGACAGCCGCGAGCGCAGGCGCCGCGCCGUGAGCCCCCCGCCCCCUCCCAGGACGCUCUCGCCCUCACGCACAUACGGUUACAUGGCCAGCCCCCUGGACACCGACGGCAUGGAGGAGGAGGACGACGAGCGGAUCCCCGAGGAAGACGAGGACACGGACGCCGAGGGGCCCAAGUUGCAUUACCACCACACCCACCCUCACGCGCACCCCCACCACCCACAGAUGCACCCGCGCCGACUACUGCUGCGGGGCAUCGAGCAGACGCCGGCGUCCAGCAUGGGCGACCUGGAGAGCUCGGUGACGGGUUCCAUGAUCAACGGCUGGGGCUCCGCCUCUGAGGAAGACAAUGUCUCCUCCGGGAGGUCCAGCGCCGUCAGCUCCUCCGAUGGGUCCUUCUUCACUGACGCCGACUUUGCGCAGGCUGUGGCGGCCGCCGCCGAGUACUCGGCCCUGCGGGUGGCCAAACAUCCCGGGCUGCCGGAAGGCCAGGAAGGCGCGGCGCUGUUGGCGCGGAAAUACCAAAUCAAUCCAGCGGGCCACCGCCCUAGCAGCCCCGUGUCUACAGACAGCAGCGUGAGCGUGGCGGCGGUGCACAGGAGGCCUCCCAAGAAGCAGAAACAACAUCCGGCACUGGGAAACCAGCGACGGGAAGCCUACAGCGAAGAUCUUCCGCCGCCACCCAUUCCCCCGCCAGCGGUGCUUAAAUCCCCCGCACACCCUUCCAAGGUUGGCCCCGAGGGCCGAGGGCUGGUCUCCCCCAAAUCGGGAGAGAAGAGAGGGCCGACGGCAGCGGUGGGAUUCCGACCCAAAGAAGGCACGGAGCCCAGAACUUGCUCGUCGGAACGCAGGGAGGCCCAGGAGAGACAAAAAGCCCAGGGGGGCAAAGGCGGCCACAGGGGGCGCCAACAACCAGGUACCGAGGACAUUCUGCCGUACAGCCGACCGCAGUUUCCCGCGCUGAGCGGCCCGCGAGAGCCCAGCUCCUCCAGCUCCAUGUCCUCCAGGGGCUCGGGGGGGCGGCGGAGAGGCGACGCGGGCCACAGGAACCCGGCCGACCUGAGCCUCAGCACCGCCGCGGCUUUCCAAGCAACAAAUGAAGAGCUCGAGAUGGUGGAAAGCUGAAGAAGAGGAUGGUUCUUUUUUUUUUUUUUUUUUUUUUAUCUCCUGGGCACCCUCUGUUAAAUCGCAGUAUUUUUCGCCACAUCGUGCAUCUCGGCCUUCUCUUUACGUGCCGAUGUCAUUUUUUCUUUUUUUUUCUUCUAAUUUAUCCCACAGCCGGGCCGACAAAGAAAUGAACGAACGGUGCCUUCAAGUGGGCCGCUUGGAUAUUUAUGUUGAGUUCCAAUGAAGUUAAAAAAAAAAAAAGGCUCGAGCAUUUCUUUUUGUCGAGUCGGCACACAUGCAAGCAGAGAGGGCUGGACUUUAAGUGUGUAAAUAUCCGGACGUACAGUACGGAAGACAUGUCAUCCCAUUGUGGUACCUCAAUUUAUUUUCCCCCUUUUUUUUUUUUUUAAUGCGAAUCCUAAUUUUAUUAUGCCAGUAAAUAUAAAUAUUUUAUCAUUUCCCUCCAUGUUUGUAAUUUGCAAUAUUAUUUAGCAACCCUAAGAAUACCACUUUGGGAUUUUUUUUUUUUUUUUGCAAUGCACUGUUAUGUUUCAUGUUGCCGUCAAUGUUAUUUGCUUUGUUUGUUUAUUUUCCAUUGGUUUUAAAAGCACAAUCACUAAACUUUAUUUGAAACCAUUUUGUUUAUUAACCUUUUUGUCUAACGGGCAGGAACGCGCCAGGAAAGACAAAAGAGUCCAGAUGUUGAUGAUGUUGAUAAGGUUCGCUGUUUUACGAAGGCACGCCAGUUCUCAAGUGACGGGGGGGCGGGGGUUGGGGUGGUAGGGGCGGUUCAUGUGAAUCACAGCUGCAAUGUGGAUAUUUGUUUGGCAUUGAUCGUAACAUCAGCGAUUGCACAUGGAACUGAGAGAAGGCUUACAUUUGUCAACUCAAUGCACUUAAAAGAAUGUCAAGUCGAAGGAGUCACUUUGAGGUGUAUGUGUCGGGGGGGGGGGGGGGUCAGUUUCUUUGGUGGACAAAACGGAGACGAUGAAGGCCCUUGCCCGUCGUCUUUUUAAAGGGAGCAAAGCGUGCUGUUGUUUAUUCAUAGGACAUCUGCAAACAUUUGUUUCGUAAUGCAAAAAAAA